AUGUCACAUCUCAGCAACACCACAUCUGAAUUCCCCAUCUUCCUCCUCACAGGCUUUCCUGGGCUGGAGGCCUUCCACAUCUGGCUCUCAAUUCCUUUCUUCCUUCUGAGCACUGUUGCCGUCUUAGGGAACAGCAUGAUCCUGUUAGUGGUGAUUCUGGAGCCCAGUCUCCACGAGCCCAUGUAUUAUUUCCUCUUUAUGCUGUCCACCACCGACCUUGGGCUGACCCUCUCCACAAUGCCCACUACGCUUGGUGUCCUCUGGAUCAAUGCUUGUGAAAUCACCCUUGAUGCAUGUAUUGUCCAGCUCUUCUUCCUCCACAGCUCUGGCUUUAUGGAAUCCUCUGUACUGGUGGCCAUGGCUUUUGACCGCUUCGUUGCUAUCUGCAGACCCCUUAGGUAUGCCACCAUCCUGACAGACUCCAGGAUUCUAAAGAUUGGUGUAGCAAUUGUCCUUAGAAUGCUGAUCAGUCUCUGCCCUUCUCUUUUCCUCAUUAAGAGGCUGUCAUUUUGCAAAGUCAAUGUCCUUUCCCAUUCUUAUUGCUUCCACCCUGAUGUGCUUAAGGUAGCAUGUUCUGAUUCGAGGAUGAACAGUUAUGGAGGCUUAGCUGUUCUCAUUCUGGUCACAGGACUUGAUACACCAUGUAUUGUCCUCUCCUACAUCCUCAUCAUCCGCUCUGUACUCAGCAUCGCCUCCUCAGAGGGACGGAAUAAAGCCUUCAGCACUUGUGGCUCCCACAUUGGGGCAGUUGCAGUGUUCUACAUUCCCUGGAUUGUUCUUUCAGUUGUCCACAGAUUUUUCCACAGUUCCACCAUUUGUUCACCCACUGCUGUCCAACCUCCAUUUUCUCGGCCCACCUGUGCUGAACCCCAUCAUAUAUAG